CGGGCGGGCGGCGAGCAGCGCGCCGCCGGCUCGGCGGGCCCGGGCAGCGGGCGCUCCGCCCUCGGUGCGCGGAGCCUCCCCUCUCCGCGCCCGCGGAGCGCCGGCGCCCGCCUAUAUCUACGGCCGCGGCCGCCCGGCGCCCGCAAGGAUGUGAGGCGGGCGGGCAGCCCAGCCGCCGCCGCCGUGGCAUGCCCCCCCGCGCCCGGAGCCGUCGGCGCGGCGCCUAGCCGCGGCUCCGCGGGGCCAUGCUGCCCUGGAAGCGGAGCAAGGUGGAGCUGGCGGCGGGCGAGGCGCGGCGGCAGAGCAAGCCCAAGGGGUACGCGGUGAGCGUGCACUACUCGGCCCUCACCUCGCUGGCCCGCGCCUGCCCCGAGAGCGCCCUGCACCGCGUGGGCAGCAUGUUCCGCUCCAAGCGGCGGAAAUUCCGCGUCACCAGCGAAGACCCCACUUACACUGUGCUCUACCUGGGCAACGCUACCACCAUCCAGUCCAAGGGCGAGGGCUGCACCGAUCUGGCCGUCUGCAAGAUCUGGAGCAAGAGCGAGGCGGGCCGGCAGGGCACCAAGAUGAAGCUGACCAUCAGCGCGCAGGGCAUCCGCAUGGCCCACGCCGAGGACAAGGGUCUGCGCCGGCCCGGCCACCUCUACCUGCUGCACCGGGUCACCUACUGCGUGGCCGAUCCGCGCCUACCCCGUGUCUUCGCCUGGAUCUACCGCCACGAGCUGAAGCACAAGGCAGUGAUGCUGCGCUGCCACGCCGUGCUGGUCUCCAAGCCCGAGAAGGCGAAAGCCAUGGCCCUGCUGCUCUAUCAGACUUCGGCCACGGCACUGGCCGAGUUCCGCCGGCUGAAGAAGCGGGACGACGCGCGGCACCAGCAGCAGCAGCUGGUGGGUGAGCAGAGCAUCCCGCUGGUGCCGCUGCGCAAGCUGCUCAACGGGCAGUGCUGCUACAAGCCGCCGGUGGAGCGGAGCCGCAGCGCGCCCAAGCUGGGCUCCAUCACGGAGGACCUGCUGGGCGAGGAGCAGGAGGAGCGGGCCAUGCACUGCGACUGCGAGGACAUCCUGGAGGCGCUAGGCGAGCCCGAGGGCGAGCUGCUGCGCCCCGGCGCCGGCCGCGGCGAGAGCCCAGAGCUGGGCCAGCUUCUUCGCGACCUGGGCGAGCUGAGCCUCGGCAACGACCUGCGCUCGCUGCGCGCCGACCUGCGUGUCCGCCGGCUGCUUUCCGGGGAAAGCACGGGCAGCGAGUCGUCUCUGGAGAGCGGCGGCACGGACGGGGCCGCCCCGCCCGGCAGCGACGCCGAGCAGCCGCCUCCCGGCGACCCCGAGACCGGCUGAGCGCUCGGGCCCUUUCGGGCGUGCGCGGCGCCGCCGGGGCGCACCGGAUUCCCUCCGGGAAUGCACGGCCCCGCCGGGGCGCACCGAGUUCCUUCCGGCCCCUCCGGGAGCGCACGGUCCCUUCCGGGCGUGUACGGCCCCACCGGGGCGCACCAGACCCCUCCGGCUCCGCCGAGGUGGCUGCACAGCCACGCCGGGGCCCCUCGGGCGGUGCGCGGUGCCGCCCCGGUUCCCCGCGGCGCCCUCGCGUCCCGCGGCAUCCCGGGGAGCGGCCGCCCUUCCCGUGCCGGUGGCCGCCGGAGCCGGGCCCCAGCCCGCCGCGGCCCGAGGAGGGGAGGCGGCCGCGGGCUGUUUACCUCCGACUCAGCCCUUGAAGAUCUGCCAAAUUCCUGGAAUAGCUUUCCCCGGGGAGGGCGGCGGGAGGGAGGUGUUGCGCCUUGUUUACAGACAGAAAUCUCACAUCCGAGGGCCCCCCCCCGCCGUUUUCUCCAUUAAAGUCACUCCAUCGUGCUGUCGUGUCUGAGGGGUUUGCACUGUUGUGAAGUUGGGGUUUUUUUAUUAUUAUUUUUAAGUUAGACCUUUUUUUUGGGCCCUGGUCCUGUCCCCGAUCUCAAUGCUCUAGGUCUUUUGCUGUGCAAAAGAAGACUCUACUUGUGGCUGUUCACGUGUACAUAGGGAAAUGUAUGCAAAUACAUUUUGUUAUUUUUAAGAACACCACCAUUGCGAUCUCCUCUGUUUGCACAUAUGUGAAGAAAAUAAAGAUGACAGUAAUUUAAAAGAAA